CAAAACACAGAAAGAAAAUUUUUAUCAUCACACACACAAAAUUGCGUUUUCGUAUUUUGAUUUUCCAAAAAAAGAAAAACGAAAAAAAUAUAAUGGACGUUGCGUAACACACAUUAGAAAUUAAGAAAUAAGUGAUAAGAAGGUUCAAAAUCCAUUGUAAAACGAGUGUUAUGGGAGUUACUUAAGACCAAAAAACCUUGUAGUGACAUUUUUCUUUGUUAUAAAAUUUUUGGUGAAAACUGAAUUAUUCAUUUUUCUUCUCUAGUCUUUACGUAACAACAAAGUAAAUUUGGUCCUAUAAUGAUUUUAGAAUACUUAUCCAGUUAAAGAUUAAAUUCAAGCAACCAUCAUGACUACCACUACCAACUACGAAUCCCUUCAUGAAACUCCAGAUUUCUAUGGCGAAUACGGAGUCGGCGAAUACGCGAUUCCCAUGGAACACAUGUCGGAACCUUCCAGAUCGCAAUGGAAUCACAUCGAAGACCUGGACUCGUUUUUCACUCGCGUAUACAAGUACCACCAAAAGCAUGGGUUCUUCUGUAUUGGAGUCAAAGAGCUGGUGGAUUUGAAUCAGUACAGUUUCAUUGCUGGCAUUACUUUUUGUAUGAUGUAUGCUGUUGAUUAUAGUAAACUUUUCUCUUAUCCUCAUGACGAUCAUAAAACUAUUUUUUCUGUACUCAAGUCUUUUGAUGAGGUGAUGUCCACACUUCCUUUAUCUGGUUGGUUUUUAUUAGUUUUCUUUUGCGUUGUAUUUGUACUGGCUCUUAUUAGGAAAUUUUACGCUUUGGGUAUGUAUUGGGACAUCAAGCAAUUUUAUAACCAGGCUCUGAAAAUCGAUGAUAAUAAUUUGGAUAAUUUGACUUGGCAUGAUGUACAAAAAAAGCUUAUACAGGUGCAAAUAGAACUACAAAUGUGUAUUCACAAGAGAGAAUUGACUGAGCUAGAUAUUUACCAUAGAAUUUUAAGACAACAAAACUAUUUGGUUGCACUUGUUAAUAAGAAAUUAAUUCCGCCACGAGUGAAUGUGCCAUUUUUAGGAGAGUGUGUAUAUUGGACUAAAUUUUUACGAAUAAAUGUACUGUUUCUCUUGUUCUGGUCGCCUUGGUCUCCAUUCGAAAACCCUUGGCAUUUGAGAGACGACUACAAAAGACCGGGGUCUAGAGAAAAAAUGGCAGCUCAACUUGGACGACAGGUGUUGUGGUUGUUUCUUGUCAACAUAAUAAUGUCUCCGCUAGUAUUUCUUGGACAAAUUAUAUUUUAUUUUUUCAAUUAUUUUGAGCUAGUGAGAAGGGAACCGGGUCUUUUUGGUAUACGGUAUUGGUCACAUUAUGGACAGCUAUAUUUCAGGCACUUCAACGAAUUGGAUCACGAACUUCGGUCGCGUCUGACCCGAGCCUACAAGCCCGCCACAAAAUACAUGGCAUCGUUUUGUUCCCCCAUAAUGGUGAUUAUAGCUCAACAUUUUGCCUUUCUGGGCGGAUCCAUUUUGGCUAUCAUCGUUUGUCUCGGUUUUGUAGACAACGAUAUUUUGUAUUAUGACCAGGUUCUGACGCUGUUAGCUGUAUUGACAGGCGUUAUUGGAGUGUGUAGAAGUUUGACUCCAGACGAGACAAUAAUGUGCAAUCCAGAACAGCUGUUGGAAGGCGUAGUGUUGCACACUCACUAUCUGCCAGGCCUUUGGCAAGGCUAUUCGCAUACUUCUAGGGUGAGAUCCAGUUUCCAACAGUUGUUCCAAUAUAGAUUUGCAGCUCUAUUAGAAGAAUUCCUCUCUCCUAUUCUAGUCCCUUACUAUUUGCUGAUGUACAUCUACCCACGCCGGCUUGAUCUAGUAGAUUUCUUCAGAAAUUUCACAAUUUCGUUGGUGGGAGUGGGUGACGUGUGCAGUUUCGCCCAAAUGGACAUUCGCAAACACGGCAACCCCGAUUUCCAAGCUGAACCGCAAGAAGACCAGUCCCAUGCCAGUUUGCCAGUAACGGCCAACGACCAAUACAAUCAGGCUGAAGAUGGCAAAGUCGAAUUGUCUCUGAUGCACUUUACAAACACUAAUCCUGACUGGCAACCCCCACCAGAGGCUGUUGAAUUUAUGGAUAAUGUUAAUUUAGAGUCGAUUCAGUAUCAAUCACUUAAUUAUGUAGAACCAAAUACGUUAGAUAUUGAUGAUGAUGAAAACGAACUUCGACCUAGAGAGUUGCUAGUUGGUGGGAAUUCUUUGAGAGGUUUUGGAGAUCCUAGGUUUACUAUGGGCAUGGCGUCGCGCCAAAGUUUGUAUAAUCAACGAUCUGAGGGGCCUGACAUGCAGAGAAGUAUCGAGAAUAUGCGGACUAGCACAAUAGUUUUACACAAUAGGAAUACUAUGAGGAAAUCCAUACGCGUAGUACGUUCAGCAGGGGAGACCACACCACUUCUGUUUAAAUAGCAACGGUUCUAGUCAAGCAAGACAAUCUUGCUCAAUAACUAAUUAUACAAAUAUGUUUUUUUUUACCAGUAAAUUUAUUGUGAAGUGAUAAAUGAUUAUUACUUAUUAUUUUGUUGGAAUAAAAAUCUACUUAUAUAAUUAUUAUUUAUCGAUUAAUGUUCCUCUAACUUUCUUAGUCUCUUGUACUUUUCCUUGUUCUUGUUUCCUCUUGUUCAUGCCCUUUCUUUCCAAUUGUUUUUCAAUUAUCCUUGCAUUAUUCGCAUAACUGUCUGCCACUUCGCGCUGUAAUUAACACAAGAAAAUAAUAUAAUUAUAUUGUAUAUAGUGUAUAGUUUGUACAUAUUGAGAUAAUUUUUAGGUUGUUUUUUUUUUUAAGGAGUUUAUGUAUUGGAGUUUUUUUUUGUUGGGGUAAAAUGUGAUAUUUUGAUAACCAGAAUCCAUGUUUAGCUUGCGAAAAAAAUUAAACUAGGGUACUUAUAAGAGUGAUUUUAGUUAGGAUAUGAAAUUGAUGUAAGACCAUGUUGAAAUAAAAAUUUAAAAGAA